AUGAUCAGUCCAGCUGAGCUAGAGCCCCGGGCCCAGCCCCGCCUGCCUGCCUCCCUCCCACCCCGCAUCCUGGCAGCUGCCCUGCUUGCCCUGUGGGACCUGCCUGGCGCCACGAGGAUCAAGCUGAGGGUUCCGGCCAUGGGUGGAGGGGUCUGCCCAGACCCAGGGGUGUUGGGGAGUCUGGCAGGCCGAGGCAGGGGCAGAGGCUCGGGACAGCUGGCCUGUGUCCCCACACUGGGCCUGGGGCCCAGCCAGAGGGGCGGGGGCCUGGCCACUCGGGCCCUGGCUGGGGCUGGGAUUUUUGGCCGGGCUGAGGGCCCUCCCUCCUGCUUCCUCUCCCGAGGGCUGUCCUGGCAGAGGCCCCCUCGCACUUUCUGGCGGGAACAGGGCCAGCAGCGCGAGAACAGCCACAGAGGGACUGCAGCCGUGCGGCCCGGAGUCCUCUUGCUCCUGCUGUCCACCCUGCACCCUGCACAGCCAGGAGGUAAGGACCUGCACCCCAAUUGGGCACUGCCCGCUGCCCCCUGCCCUCCCAGCCAGGUGGCCCUGCUGUCCGAAGGAGCCCGGCACCCUUCAUUCCUGGGGUUCUUCAAGGUCUCAGGCAGGAGACCCUCAGCCACUGGACCCUGGGAACUGACCAUCCUGGGGGGGUCCCAGGGGCUGUUCCUGGCGCAGUUCCUGGAGGCAUCUACUACCCAGGGACUGGUUUUGGAGGCCCUGGAGGAGGAGGUGCUGGACUCCUGGGACCACUUGGAACAGCCCGUGUGGGAACAGGAAAUGACCGAGUAUGUCCCUUGCCCUCUGGGUGCUCAAGAAACAGGCUGGGCUGUGGCGGUCGCUGCCAACACUGGAGAGGAGGAGGAGCAGGCAGGAAGGAUAGGUGCCUUUCCUGCCGGCACCUACCCGGGGGCACUGGUGCCCGGCGGAGCAGCUGGGGCUGCCGCAGCCUAUAAAGCUGCUGCCAAGGCUGGUGCAGGACUUGGUGGAGUAGGUGGUGUCGGCGGUGUGGGCGGCGUCGGCGGCGUGGGCGGUGUCGGCGGCGUGGGCGGUGUCGGCGUGUCCACAGGUGCAGUGGUGCCUCAGACUGGAGUAGGAGUCGGAGCCUUGGGGAAGCCUGGCAAAGUGCCCGGAGGCCGUUUCCCAGGUGUAGGGGUGCUGCCUGGAGUUCCCACUGGAACAGGAGUGAAGCCCAAGACCCCAGGUGGAGGUGGAGCUUUCGCUGGGAUCCCAGGGGUUGGACCUUUUGGUGGCCAGCAGCCUGGGGUCCCCCUGGGGUACCCCAUCAAGGCACCUAAGCUGCCAGGUGGCUACGGACUGCCCUACAGCACUGGAAAACUGCCCUACGGCUACGGACCUGGAGGAGUAGCUGGUGCAGGUGGCAAGGCUGGCUACCCAACAGGGACAGGUAGGAAAGCCUCUCCCCACUUCUGCCCCAGCUCCGGGCCCUGGUGUGGCCAGGCGUUGGAUCUCAGGCUGCAGCUGCAGCUGCAGCAGCUAAAGCAGCAAAAUAUGGUGCUGGAGGAGCUGGAGUUCUCCCAGGUGUGGGCAUCGGAGGGGCCGGUGUGCCCGGUGUCGCCGGCGUGCCUGGUGGGGCUGGCGCCAUUCCUGGGAUUGGAGGCAUUGCAGGAGCCGGGACUCCCGCCGCAGCCGCCGCUGCAAAGGCAGCCGCCAAAGCAGCCAAGUACGGUGCUGGGGUCCCAGGUGCUGGAGUACCAGGUGUUGGGGUCCCAGGUGCUGGAGUACCAGGUGCUGGAGUACCAGGUUUCGGGGUCCCAGGAGGUGCAGCCGCUAAAGCCGCCGCCAAAGCAGCCAAAUAUGGUGCUAGAGGCGGAGUUGGCGUGGGGGGCAUACCCACAUAUGGAGUUGGAGCUGGGGGCUUCCCCGGCUAUGGGGUGGGCCCUGGGGCUGGAGCGAUCCCUGGAGCUGGUCUUACCCCUGCAGCCCAGGCAGCAGCUGCAGCGAAGGCUGCUAAAUAUGGAGCAGGGACACCAGCAGCUGCAGCCGCCGCCGCCGCGGCCAAAGCCGCCGCUAAAGCUGGCCAAUUCGAGACCCUCACCUCAGAUGGGCCUCAAACCCCUCUGUGCCACAGCCGCUUUGGCGAGAGCCAUCCCUGGCUGUGGAGUGGCCCCCGGCACUGGUGUGGUUCCCGGAGUGGGUCCUGGUGUCGUUCCCGGCGUCGGUCCUGGCAUUGCUGUUGACCUCAGUGGUGUGAGAGGAGUGGGACCUUCACCUGGAGCCAAAUCUGCUGCUAAGUUAGCCGCCAAAGCCCAAUACCGAGGUGCAGCCGCUAAAGCCGCCGCCAAAGCAGCCAAAUAUGGUGCUAGAGGCGGAGUUGGCGUGGGGGGCAUACCCACAUAUGGAGUUGGAGCUGGGGGCUUCCCCGGCUAUGGGGUGGGCCCUGGGGCUGGAGCGAUCCCUGGAGCUGGUCUUACCCCUGCAGCCCAGGCAGCAGCUGCAGCGAAGGCUGCUAAAUAUGUGGCGGAGUUUGUGGGCCCCUGCAUCCCAUCCCUCCUUACAGCCCUGACUUCCAGCCCUGCCCCUCCAGGAGGUGCUGGAGGAGCCGGAGGCCUGGUGCCAGGGGCCGGAGGUGUAGUCCCAGGGGUCCCAGGUGCUGGAGGGGUGCCAGGAGCAGGGACACCAGCAGCUGCAGCCGCCGCCGCCGCGGCCAAAGCCGCCGCUAAAGCUGGCCAAUUCGGAGUGGCCCCCGGCACUGGUGUGGUUCCCGGAGUGGGUCCUGGUGUCGUUCCCGGCGUCGGUCCUGGCAUUGCUGUUGACCUCAGUGGUGUGAGAGGAGUGGGACCUUCACCUGGAGCCAAAUCUGCUGCUAAGUUAGCCGCCAAAGCCCAAUACCGAGCUGCAGCUGGGCUUGGUGCUGGUGUGCCCGGGUUAGGAGUUGGUGCUGGUGUGCCUGGUUUAGGAGUUGGUGCCGGUGUGCCCGGGUUAGGAGCUGGUGCAGUUCCUGGAUCCCUGGCUGCAGCCAAAGCCGCUAACCAGAGUGUUAGACACAUUUCUAAGCUCCUGGGGUCUCCAAGACUCCCGCUGGCCUUCGUGGUUUCUCAGGACCCGGAGGUGCAGGCCCACUGCUGCUAUGAGAAGGCUGGCCACCCUCUGUCCUUGCCAACUCUUCAGAUAGCAGAGGAAUUCAUUCUCCCAGCGGAGCCCGGGCCCCCACCCAGUCGGCUCCCGCCACGAGCGAGCACCGGGGACGUGGCAGAAAUAGAGGCUAAUGUCUCCAUCGUCUCUCCACAGGAGCAAGAGGGGUCGGGGCCCUCGGAGGGCCUGGAGGCCUUGGUCUUGGUGGCCUUGGAGGGGCAGGCGUCCCAGGAGGAGUGGCAGGAGCCGGACCUGCUGUAUCAGCUGCUGCUGCUAAAGCCGCCGCCAAAGCUGCCCAGUAUGGUCUCGGAGCUGGUGGGCUGGGAGCUGGUGGACUGGGAGCCGGAGGCCUGGGGGCCGGUGGAGCCAUCCCAGGAGUUGGAGGCCUUGGAGCUGCAGCUAAAGCAGCCAAAUACGGUCUUGGUGGCCCUGGGGGUGUCCUCGGAGGCACCCGGCCCAUCGCAGUCAAUGGUAGGCAUUGCACCAAGACCUGGCUUCGGCUUCGGACUGUCCCCCAUUUACCCAGGAAAACCUCCCAAACCCUACGGAGGAGCCCUGGGGGCCCUGGGGUACCAAGGAAGCGAGCUGCCCGUGUGUGCGAGCUGCGGCCAGAGGAUCUACGACGGCCAGUACCUCCAGGCCCUGAGUGCUGACUGGCAUGCGGACUGCUUCAGGUGUUGCGAGUGCAGCGCCUCCCUGUCACACCAGUACUACGAGAAGGAUGGACAGCUCUUCUGCAAGAAAGACUACUGGGCCCGCUAUGGCGAGUCAUGCCAUGGGUGUUCAGAGCACAUCACCAAGGGGCUGGUCAUGGUGGCCGGAGAGCUGAAGUACCACCCCGAGUGUUUCAUCUGCCUCACAUGCGGAACCUUCAUCGGAGACGGGGACACCUACACGCUGGUGGAGCACUCCAAGCUGUACUGUGGGCACUGCUACUACCAGACGGUGGUGACCCCAGUCAUCGAGCAGAUCCUGCCUGACUCCCCUGGCUCCCACCUGCCCCACACGGUCACCCUGGUCUCCAUCCCAGCCUCGGCGCAUGGCAAGCGAGGCCUCUCCGUAUCCAUAGACCCCCCUCAUGGCCUGCCUGGCUGCGGCGCAGAGCACUCCCACACCGUCCGCGUCCAGGGAGUGGACCCUGGCUGCAUGAGUCCAGAUGUGAAGAAUUCCAUCCACAUUGGAGACCGGAUCCUGGAAAUCAAUGGCACACCCAUCCGGAACGUUCCCUUGGACGAGAUUGACCUCCUGAUCCAGGAAACCAGCCGCCUACUGCAGCUGACCCUCGAGCAUGACCCCCAUGACACGCUGGGCCACGGGCCAGGCCCCGAACCCAGCCCCCUGGGCUCCCCAGCUCACACUCCCAGUGGGGAGGCGGGUACCGCAGCCCGGCAGAAGCCCGUCCUGAGGAGCUGCAGCAUCGACAGGUCCCCGGUCGCUGGCUCCCUGAGCUCCCCAGCUGCCCUCCGCAAGGACCUGGGCCGCUCCGAGUCCCUCCGCGUGGUCUGCCGGCCGCACCGCAUCUUCCGACCGUCGGACCUCAUCCACGGGGAGGUGCUGGGCAAGGGCUGCUUUGGCCAGGCCAUCAAGGUGACCCACCGGGAGACAGGCGAGGUGAUGGUGAUGAAGGAGCUGAUCCGGUUCGAUGAGGAGACCCAGAGGACCUUUCUUAAGGAGGUGAAGGUCAUGCGCUGCCUGGAGCACCCCAAUGUGCUCAAGUUUAUCGGGGUGCUCUACAAGGACAAGAGGCUCAACUUCAUCACCGAGUACAUCAAGGGGGGCACGCUGCGAGGCAUCAUCAAAAGCAUGGACAGCCAGUACCCCUGGAGCCAGAGGGUCAGCUUUGCCAAGGAUAUUGCUUCAGGAAUGGCCUACCUCCACUCCAUGAACAUCAUCCACCGUGACCUCAACUCCCACAACUGCCUGGUCCGUGAGAACAAGAACGUGGUGGUGGCGGACUUUGGCCUGGCACGGCUCAUGGUGGAUGAGAAGACGCAGCCCGAGGACUUGAGGAGCCUCAAGAAGCCAGAUCGCAAGAAGCGGUACACGGUGGUGGGCAACCCCUACUGGAUGGCGCCCGAGAUGAUCAACGGCCGCAGCUACGAUGAGAAAGUGGAUGUGUUUUCCUUUGGGAUUGUCCUGUGUGAGAUCAUCGGGCGGGUGAAUGCAGACCCUGACUACCUGCCCCGCACCAUGGACUUUGGCCUCAACGUGCGUGGCUUCCUGGACCGCUACUGCCCCCCAAAUUGCCCCCCGAGCUUCUUUCCCAUCACCGUACGCUGCUGUGACCUAGACCCCGAGAAGAGGCCCUCCUUCCUGAAGCUGGAGCAGUGGCUGGAGACUCUCCGCAUGCACUUAGCCGGCCACCUGCCCCUGGGCCCCCAACUGGAACAGCUGGACAGAGGCUUCUGGGAGACCUACCGGCGUGGCGAGAGUGGCCUGCCUGCCCACCCCGAGGUCCCCGACUGAGCCGAGGCC